AUGCAACGUGGGACCAAUGGAGCUGGGGCCCGUGGGUGGCUGUUGGUGGUGUGCGUGCUGCUCGUACAGCUUGUCAGCCUCGGUCAGAUGGAGGAGUUGCAGUUGCGCAGCUCCGGUGGAGGCACAACUCGGUUCCGAGGUGGUGCUUCUGAUUCGUCGUCAAAAGGUCGGCAACAGAAUGGUCCUGCCUCGCUGUACGCUGUCAACGAUAUCGAGUGUCCUAGCUUUGCGGAAAAUUCCGCCUGCCCGUGCUACAAGUUCGAGGAUGGCAUUUUUCUGGAGUGCCCUGGAAUCACGUUCGCUGCCCUUCGUUCGACGCUGCAGGUUAUCUCGUCGCCUAUCCAGUCGCUGUCGGUGUAUGACUUCGAUCGGACGGUGAAGUCGCUCACUGUUGACCUGUUUCAGGGAGCCACGUUGUCGGGAAGCGUUCCAAGUGCAGAGUCCGUUGUUGGCGCCAAUGUUAGUAUUCGGCAUCUGCAAUUCUCCCACUCGAGUUUGCAGCAGCUCAAGCAGAACAGUCUGUUACCGCUACGUGCUCAUCUCGAGAGCUUGAGCAUCAUCAACGGGAAGCUCACACAGGUGCCUUCAAAGGCGCUCAUGGGAUUGAAGAAGCUGAUGGUGUUAGAUCUCGACUCGAACGAGAUCGGAGCGCUCGAGGAGUACGCGUUUCACGGCCUACACCUGGUGAAGCUGAAUCUGAAAAGUAACCAGAUCGAGCGGGUUCCAACGCAUGCUCUUGCUGGUCUGGAAGAGUCACUUGCUGAGCUAGACCUGUCCGAGAAUCGGUUGCGUCAGUUCCCGACACUGGCACUACGUCGACUCGAUAACCUACGGCUGGUGCGGUUGUCGAUGAAUGAAAUCGCCUCGCUCGAACCAGACGAUACCUACACUCGUUUUGGAUCACUGUCGUUCCUUGACUUGAGCCUCAAUAAUUUCGUCGAACUGUAUGCAGACAUCUUUGGGGCGUUUCCGCACCUAAAAACGCUCUCUCUGUACAACAACUUCCUCGAAACACUGCACCGAGACGCGUUUGUGUCCCUGCACGAGCUGCAGUCGUUGGAUCUGAGUCACAAUCGGAUUGUUUAUCUCGAUCCAGCGUUGUUUGCCGCAAAUCGACGUCUGCACACGGUAGACCUGAGUCGGAAUCAUGUACACUACGUGAGUGGGGUGUUUGCAAACCUUCCGGUAUUGCGUGAGGUGUUCUUGAGCGAGAACAACUUGCUGGAGUUGACGGACGACUGUUUCGCGAACUCCACCGGUGUUAAGGUGCUGUACCUAGAGCACAAUGCGCUCCAGAGGUUAGAUGGUGAUGCACUUGCUUCACUAAACGGGCUUGAGCAGCUGUACCUUAGCCAUAAUCUACUCGAGAAGAUACCGACGCGUUUCUUCGAAGCAACGCCUGAGUUGACUUCGCUCGCUCUGGACGCGAACGCACUGGUUGAGCUGGAUGAGCGACUAUUCGCACGACAGGCGAAGUUACAGGACUUACGUCUCAAUGGCAACCGUUUGCGGCAAAUUCAUGCAGCACUGUUCGCACCAGCCGCUGACCUGAUGGAGCUACACCUUCAAGACAACGAACUACGGGUGAUCGAACGAGGAGCACUUCGAGGUUGUUCACAAUUGCAGUACGUAAAUCUGCAGGAUAAUGAGCUGGAUGAGCUGGACGCGGUGUUUGCUGGUGGUCCUCAUUCACCAGCUCAUUCACCACUCAUGGCCGUCACUACACACGGGAAGGUGAUCAGUACGAAGGGUGAUGGACCUGACGAGCUGAGUUCAGGACCUAGUGAGUCAGCGUUACUCUCGAUUCAGCUGAGCGGGAACGCGCUUAAACACCUGCACCCGAACGCCUUCCGUGGUCAGACGAGUGUGCAGAUGGUGUGGCUUGAGCACAACCAACUACGUUCGCUGGAUCGAGCCCUCUUCUCUGAGACGGUGCACCUGGAGAAGCUACACCUGCGCAACAACUCGCUACUGGCCCUCGAACCUGGAACGUUCGACGCGCUUGGGCGCCUCGAGAUGCUGGAUCUCUCGCGGAAUCGGCUCAGCGAUCUUCAGCCGGACCUGUUCCGUGGACUUGCAGGACUGGAGGAGUUGUACCUUGCGUAUAACCUGCUUGGAGCUUUGAGAGCCAACGUGUUCGGUGCUCUGCGUGCUCUUCGCACGCUUGAUCUUAGCCACAAUAAUUUGCAGGUGCUUGGAGCUGAUGCACUACAGCCGGGACUGCCAGUCACGAACGUUAACUUGCGAGGUUGCAACCUCACUCGCAUCGAACCGGGUGCGUUCCGAGGACUUGCCAACUUGGCUGAGUUGACGUUGGAAGAGAACGAACUGCCAGCGAGUGAACUGCGUCAGCUCGAUGCCAGUCCUGUUCGGACACUGAGGCUAAGCGCCAACAACCUGUCAGCAGUACGAGAAGGUCUACUGGAGCGGCUUGCCUCACUGCAAGUACUUGAGCUAGCACGGUGCGCCAUCAGUGAUCUACCAGCUGGACUUUUGCAGCGAAAUGUCAAUCUCGCCCGACUCGAUCUUAGCGAUAACGAACUGCGAGCGCUGCGUCGUGGUGCAUUUGCUGGACUGCAUGUAUUCAAAGAACUUCGUCUUCAUGGUAACCGACUGGUGGAUUUUCCUCACCUAGCACUUCUAAACGUGUCCACACUGGAGGUGUUGGCUCUUUCGCGGAACCAACUCACGGUAAUCGACUUCUACAAGCUUUCGGGGCUUCCUAACCUGCGUACGUUAGAUCUGCACGCUAACAGCAUCACGACUGUGGGUGGAUUUACAGCUGGUACACUGCCACACCUGGAUACACUCGACCUGAGUGGCAACCUGCUACUGGCACUACCAGAGAAUUUCUUCAAGCACUCAGUUAGCUUGCAGCGAGUCGACCUUGCACUGAACCGAUUUGGACGCAUCCCGAACCUCGCAUUAUCAGAGGCGUCACUCGCUCGCUUAGCUUGGCUGAACCUCACUGGAAACCCACUACAACGCAUCUCAGCUGAUGCCGACCAGCAACGUUUUCCCCACCUGCGAGAGCUCGUCAUCUGCCGUACAAACCUGUCAAUCGUGACCAGCAAAGACUUUGAAUUGUACCCGGCCGUCCAACGGCUGCAUCUCUCGCACAACCGCAUCAACCGGAUCUCACCAGGCGCGUUUGUAGCACUUGCCAACUUGCAGCUACUCGACCUGAGCGUCAAUGAGCUGGAGUUGCUGCCGAAGGAGCGACUUCAGGGGCUGCGUUUGCUUGAGACGCUCAACCUGUCGACAAACAGCAUCCGUGAGCUAGAUGAGUUCGCACAAGACUUGCAGAAGCUACGCGUGCUGGACGCAUCCGCGAACCAGCUCGAACGAAUCCACAAGAAUGCGCUGCGGCACCUUGGCGCCUUGCAGGAGCUGUAUCUUAACGGAAACCGGCUGGUAGCAGUCGCAUCAGAUGCCUUCCGGACGUUGCGCGCACUUACAACGCUUGAUCUGCGCAAGAACUACUUUGAAUAUGCACCGCUGAGAGCGCUAAAGCCACUGGAGACGCAUCUUCAGCAGCUGAGACUCGAGGACAACCCGCUCGUCUGCUCGUGCGAUACGCAGGAGCUAUGGGAAUGGCUGAGCGACCACCGGAAGUGGGCCCGUGGCUACGACAACGUGCGGUGUGAGCAACCGGCUGAGGCGCAAGGCAAGCUGCUGCUGACGAUGGAACCGCAGGAGUUCUGUGACGUACCGCUCAUCCUCAAGAUCGCCAUCCAGGACAUCCAACCGUACUCGGUGCUGGUUUCGUGGCAGAGCCGGGAACACUCCGGCCUUCAUGGUUACCACAUCAUCUACCAUUCGCUGGACGCGGUGGAGGACAUUCGCGGCAAAACAAUGAACCGCUCGUCGAACUCAGCAAAGCUGAAUUGGUUGUCGUCGAAUACGCGCUACCUAAUCUGCGUGCUCGGACUCGGCAGUUGGCUGACCUACCAUAGCGACAUCAACAGCUUGCUGAACCAGUCUAAUCAGCUGCAGAACCAGAUCCUGAACAGCGGCUCGGCCGUACACAGUGGCUACGCGAAUGGUGACUUGGACGCAUCCCUUUCGAACACGCUGCUUUCCCUGAUGAUGGACACACCGACAUCUCGCUGUACUGAGGUGCGCACCCUCGACUCAAUCGGACCAAACCCACUAGCAGAAGCUGACGGAAUGUCCGGACGCAGCAUCAUCCAUUCGAUCCUAACGCGUCGGCUCGGGUUGAUCGUGGGUUGUUGCCUCGGGAUCGUUGUCUUCAUCGUGUUGAUCUCUGUGUUGGGCUGGCUCAAGAUCAAGAAGCAACGGCUCGAGGCGGCUAAACGUCAGCAGCAACCACACCAGCCCGAGUUCAUCUCGUACCGGCACUUCUCGAUCCCGAAUGACGAGCAUGGCCGGGAUGGGGUGGCCGGUGGUGGUGGCGGAGGGGCAGGAGGUGGGGUGGCCUUGUUGGAUGGACAUCCGUCGUUCAUUUCGGGAGCCAUCCUUGGUACGACGACAACGAUGAAUGGAGGCGGUGGUGGUGGCCCGGACGAGCAUAAGAAGCUUUUCCUCACCGACAGUUGA